UGUACAGUUGUGAAAAUUAGUAGGCCAAAGUGAAUUAUUACAUUCAUCAAAUAAUUAUAACAUUAAGCGUGCUCCAGCGUAAAGUUUAGUUCAACGCGCGAUUUGCAUAUUCAUAUAAAGUGCUCAAUUUAAUCAAGAUUCGAGAUGCAGUGUUGUUGAACUUUUAUUAGCUGUUGUACAUGGUAAAUGGUCGCGCACGUCGUGGACUGGAUUGGGAAAGUUCAGUGAAGUGGGCUCCUGUUUGCGCUAAAUUGUGGGCAGUCACUGGAAAAAAGAUUGCGGCCUGAGACCUGCGUCUGUUCGGUCUUGCUCUGUGCGUGCGAAUUUCAUGCCAACACGAACGCAGUAGACUCAAGUAGACGUAGACGUUUAUGCGGUGUGGCCGGUCUCGUGAAGAGAUUCGUCUCCGGUGCGGAGUUUCGCAUGUAUUUGUGGGUGUUCUGCUGCAUUCGCCGUGGGUAUUAGUUAAUAAAUAUGGCCAUUAAUUUGAACAAACAUAAAGAUGAACUAACAAACGCCUAUAAGGAUGUGAUAUCGGAAAAAACCGAUACUGAUUGGGCGUUAUUUGGCUAUGAAGGACAAACAAAUGAUUUGAAAGUCGUUAAUACAGGCUCUGGAGGCCUGGAGGAAUUGACAGAAGAUUUAAAUAGUGGAAAAAUAAUGUAUGCUUUUGUUAAGAUUAAUGACCCUAAAACCUCAUUACCCAAAUGUGUAUUAAUCAUCUGGCAAGGAGAUGGUGCUAACACUGUACGCAAAGGUCUUUGUGCCAAUCAUAUAAGAGAUGUAGAGAAAUUCUUCAAUGGUGCAAUUACAAUUAAUGCUCGAAAUGAGGAAGAAGUAGAGCCUCAGUUGAUAAUAGAUAAAAUUGCAAAUGCAGGAUCUGCAUAUAGCUUUAAAGCACCAAGGAGUGACAAUUCAGGGCCUAAAGUUCCAGUUGGUUCUAAUUACAAGAGAGUAAAUCCAUUGCAAGAAAUCAAUGCUACUGAAAGAGAUCAGUUUUGGUAUAAAGAAGAACAAGAGGAAAAACGACGUGUCGAAGAAGAACGAAGGCGCAGAGACGAAGAACGAAAAAUUUUAGAUGAAGAAAUUAAAAAAAGAGAUGAGCUAGAAGCGAAACGAAGAGAAGAAAUUACUAAAAAGCGGGACAGCACAAUAGAUCAAAUCAAAGAGGCUGAAUUGAAACAGGCUGCAAAUGUGGAAUCCAAACAAGAUACACAGAACAAUGUCGCCGAGAGAGAGGUGAAAGUCAAUCAAAGCGAUAUGAUCCGUCAGCAACGCAAUGCAGAGACACAGAAUUUAAUUGCUCAGCGAACAAUUGAUGCGCGAUCUAUAUUUGAGAAGAAUACAUCGGCAGGUCAAAUAAAACGAACGCCCGAAAAACCUGUUCGCACGUCAUUGUUGAAAGCGCAACAAGAAAAACAAAUGCAACAGCAACAGCAGCAACAACAACUACCGGCCCAACCAGAGUUAGAAGAGCAAUAUGAUCCUAAUACAACUUCAACUGAAGUAGAUUCCACUAACAUUGUUAGACAUGAUGAACAACAAAGUGAUGACGAAUCUGAUCAGUUUGCUACAAUUAAACGUUGUCCAAAAGAUAACAAACAAAACUCUGUCACAAGCCCCACUGAACCAGAUAAUGAUAUUCAAAUGCAGGAGAAUAAUAAAGUAGUUGAAGAAGUGCAACAAAUUUCAGAACAACAAUUUGUUGAUGCAGUUAUUUAUGGUGAUGCUGGCAUUAGGGCGCGAGCUAUUUAUGAUUAUGCAGCAGCCGAUGAUACUGAAAUUACAAUUGAUCCAGGUGAUAUUAUCAGUCACAUUGAAAUGGUAGAUGAUGGUUGGUGGCAAGGAUUGGGUCCUGACGGCAAUUACGGUCUAUUCCCUGCUAAUUAUGUUGAGCUUAUUUAAUUCUUCCUUGCUUAUUACGCUUAAUAUUUCAAUUAUCCUAUAUGACUAAAUGUUUUGAUGUUACCCUAAUUUUUUUACCUUAAUAUUUACAAAUUACUUUGGGAUAACGUUAUUGUACUGUUUUUAAGACUUUGCUUCAUCCAUGAAUUUUUGUAAUGUGCAAUUUUUAACAUAAUCAUUUGAUGCAUAAAUUAUUACUUUAUA